AUGGCUCUAUCGUCUACACAUAGCUACGAUGAGGACAGACAAUUUCGGUGUACAUACUGUCAGAAAUCAUUUCGCAGACUAGAACAUCUGCAGCGCCACACUAGGCGACACACCAACGAGAAGCCAUUCACCUGUUGCUGUGGGGCAUCAUUCUCUCGUCGUGAUCUUUUGCGUCGUCAUGAACGUAUGAUCGAUCAUUCUAAUGCUGCCAACGCACCAUCGCGUGUUUCAGAUGAUAGUGAUCUAUCCAUACACGAUAUUGCAUCUGUCUCGACCCCUCAAAAUAGGGCCGUGACGAACACUAUCACCCAGAAAGAGCAGGCCAAUUGCCCCCAAACGUCUGAUUCCCCCAUUUACUCGACCAGCGUGACUCACGCCCGGUCUUUGAGCGCCCCGUUCACCCCAGUCGAAGACCCUUCUCUGUCGCACUUCUCGAACGAGACACCACCACAAGCCGAGCUGUACAAUAGUCAAAAUGCCUUAUGGGAAAAUAAUGCCGGGGGAAAUUAUGCUCAUGAGUUCCCCACCAUCUUUCCUUUUCCAUACUUAUCUCUAGCUACACAAAUCGUACCUCACUGUGUAAAUCCCACGGUCACAGACACUGAUAGAUCUAGAUUACUUGCCUCUCUAGGCAGGUUGGGUGAAGCGUCUCCCAGUUAUGAUCUACCCCCAAGCAGUGCUUUAACGCGAUAUAUGGCUGGCUACUUCAUGGGGGCUUACCCUCGUUCUCCGUUUAGUCACGGUCCAACAUUCAAGCUCGAGUCAUGCUCGCCUGCCUUUUGCUUGGCUAUGACGGCACUUGGCGCUAUUGAUAGAUUCGAAUACGCCUCAGCCACACAAUUAUUUCAUUAUUCCAAAGCUCUUCUCUUUGAUGGCCAUCAGUAUAAGGCUCGAUCACAAAUGAAUAGGGCUAUAGGUGUCUCCUCUAUGAACAUUGACAAUAAAUCACAAAAGCAAUCAAUGGACGAAGUGCGCUGCUUACUUUGUCUUGCUCAAUUUGCGUCAUGGCACAGUGACUCGAGUAUCCGAGCGGAAGCUUAUAUGUUACAAAGUCUACUUGUGCAAGGCCUGAGAUCGAGCGGUCUCGAGGAAACCACCGAUACUCUACAACAUCUCAACUGGGAAGAGUGGGCGCAACGAGAGUCUGAUAGGCGCACUAAACUAUUUGCUUUUUGCUUUCUUGGGGUUCAAAACAUUGCUUACGAUAUGCCACCGAGCAUUUUGUGCGACGAGAUCAAUCUACAGCUGCCGUGCUCGUGUCCGGAAUGGACGGCACCGGAUCAAACGACGUGGGAAUUGCUAAGAGGAGGUGCAGCAGGUGAACCGAGGCGUUUUAAUGACACUGUCGAGCAGCUACUAUCUACCCAGCCUGUAGAUCCCCAAUCUACCCAGAUAUCACCAGUUGGGAAUUAUGUUGUUAUGCACGGUCUUUUGAGCAAGAUCUUGUGGAGUCGGAGAUCCAUGUCCGGCUCUUUAUCACAGACUUUAUCGACUAAUUUCCAGUCAGUUCUCGAGUCAGCGCUUCAAAAGUGGACACUCUCCUGGCAACAAACCCCGGAGUCCAAUCUGGAGCCCCUGGACCCCAAUGGACCGUUGCCGUUUACAUCAAGCGCUUUGCUAAGUCUUGCAUAUAUUCGGAAAUGUUUCAAUGUAUCUCAAAGGAGGAGGAUUCUCACCUGGACACCAUUCGAGAUUGCUCCAGGUUUUCAGGACUCACUCCCAGUGGACCGCACUCACGACUCGCUUUUAGCAGCCUACCACGCAACAAAUCUACUCAGCACAUUGGUUAAGCUCGGUGUUCAAUAUUUCAAAUACAAUCAAGCUAUUCUCUGGGGAAUCGAGUCUGCCCUAUGUGGCCUCAAUUGCUCGAUAUUCCUGGAGAAAUGGCUUCGAAACACUCAAACUACAGUUUGCAACGAGCCUUUGACGGACCACGAAUCACGCUUGAUUUAUUGGAUCGAAGAAGUCGUUCGCGAGGGACUUUCAUCCACCGAAGAUCAUAUGUCCUACGAAAACCGACAAGCCAUCAAUCUACCCGAUAAGAUCCUGGAAUUGUGGUCGCACAUCAUGGACGGUAACUCGCCAUACCCAUUCAUACGGAUGAUAGGCCAAGUACUUGUUGAGUAUAGACGUUUAGGGGCGAAAGACCACCGAUGA